AUGCGAAGCGAGAUGGGAAAUGAAGUACCGGAAGACCUGGAAGAAGGGCUAUCGGUGGAGAAACAGCAAGAGCAACAAUUGAUGAAUAAGUUAGCCUCUCAAGGUCGGCUACCCGCUCGACCCGCUUCCUCCUUUUUACAGAAGAAACUGCAGCAAAGGAAAUUCUUUGACUCCGGUGACUAUGCCAUGGACAAAGAUCGCAGCAAACAAGGUGUACCUAGUGGACGCCUCCCUCAUCCAAUGGCAGCUCCAACGGCCUUGUCUACAACUCGUCCAAUCCCUAAGACAUCUUGCGUUUCUGGUGAUCCCACUUCUCCUGAUGGUGAAACGAAUCUUCAAAUCCCUCGUCCUGACACUGUGCCCCAGAGAAAGGCAUCUAUCAUUAAUCCAGCGGUGCAUUGCAAACUUAGCCCAAUGCCUCACGUUCAGGUUUGUGAUGAAAUGUGUUUUGCUUCAAAGGCGCUCUAUGAAGAGUUUGCUUAA